ACCAUUUCUACUUCCUAUCUGAUUUAAAGCAAUCAAACUAAAGUUUGAACCACCAUGGCCGAGGAGAAACACCACCACUUCUCCCACCACCACAAGGCGGAGGAAGAAGGCCCCAUUGACUACAAGAAAGAAGAGAAACAACACAAACAUCUUGAGCACGUCGGCGAGCUCGGCGUGGCUGCCGCCGGAGCUUUUGCCUUGCAUGAGAAGCAUGAAGCAAAGAAGGACACGGAGCAUGGACACAGACACAAGAUCGAGGAAGAAGUAGCGGCAGCCGUGGCGGUCGGAGCAGGUGGAUUUGCAUUUCACGAGCAUCAUGAGAAGAAAGAUGCCAAGAAGGAAGAGAAAAAAGAACACCACCAUCACGGCUUUUAAUUCAUUUAUUAAUUAAUUAAUUAAAUAAAUUGCUCUCAUCUUUAAUUAAAUAAAAUUACGUACGCACGGGCCGGUUGCUACUAAAUAAUUUCGUAUCAUAGUCGUCCUUCAUGCACAUAUGGCUUUGGUCACUGAACAUAUCAUUAAUGAAAACAAUGAGGUUUAAUGACCAUAUAUUUGUAUUUAAUUUAUAAGUAUAUCCACGUCUUGAAUAUUUGUUGUAUAUCUUGAAUACUGUCCUGUUUUAAUCUGAGGCAAUGAGCAAUAAUGCAUUUCCACCAGUUUAGUAAACUCUCACCAAUACGUUACAACUUUUGGUGUCCCUCAAAUCUUUAUCUAUAGUUUGUCCCGCACAUCGAUUGAUUAAGA